AUGGUAAAAUUGGCGAUCAAUCGCACAAUACUCUACGUGGAAAACGAUGCCAACGCACCAGCUCAUCUCGAUUCCGGCACACGACUCAACGAAUUCAUCAUCGAUCGCCUAUUGAGCACCGGCGGGUUCGGACAGGUGUUCGAGGGCCGCGUGAUCAGAACGAAUCAGCCAAUCGCUAUCAAAGUCGAGUCGACGUCGGCAAAAGUUCAGCUACUAUUCAACGAGACGUCAUGCUUGAGGAGCUUCAAUCAGGCGUACAACUCGCUGGGUCUCACACAGCAAGCGCCAUUCCUCAAGUAUUACGGCUACGGCGUCGUCAACGGCAUCCGAUUUCUAGCGAUGGAGAAGUGCGGCGAAAAUCUGAGGGAUCUCAAAGCAACGACGGCGCUCAAUCGAUUCAGCAUUCCAACGUCACUCUGGAUUUUUUACAAGAUGAUCACCGCUUUAGAGAUGAUGCACAAAAUUGGAUGGCUUCAUCGCGACGUGAAACCCGCCAACUUCUGCGUCGGACUUCACGAUAAGCAUUCGCUGUACACUCUCGAUUUCGGCAUGAGUCGCUGCUACGUCGCCGAAGACGGCAAUCUGAAGCCGAAGAAGGUGAACGCGCCAUUCAACGGCACAUUGCGCUACGUCUCGCUCAACAUCCAUCGACGUCAGGAUGCGAGUCGUUGGGAUGACAUCUGGAGCGCGUUCUACAUCGCCGUCGAGAACAUGGUUGGCUUUUUGCCAUGGCGGCGCGCCGGCGACGUCAACGCCGUCGGCGACAUCAAAUCUCGAAGUGAUCUCACCCAGCUCAAAUAUGGACGCGAGCUCUACCAGCCGAAAUCGCUUACAAUCAUUCAUAGCUAUUUGAACGCCUCGCUGAGCGACGACAUCUAUUUCUAUCGUCAGCCGCCAUAUCAAGUAUUCCUCGCUGAAAUCAAGUCCGACUUGCAAUCGCGACAGUACUCUCUCGACACUGUGCCAUUGGACUGGAAUCAGCCGAAAUGCGCUCCGGCCUACUACUACAAUACCGCGCCGGCGGCCAACUUCAAUCAAGGCGAUCGAUCCGUCCGCUUCUACUGA